AUGGAACCAUUUAAUUUAUUUCAUUCAGCUGCUGUUGCCGCCGCGGAAGCUUACUCUUCGCCGUUUUCAUAUCCAUUUCGUCAUUUUAUGUCUCAACGUCGUUACGAGUGGCCAACAUUACCGUCAAAUAAUCCACCGCCAUCAUUCUAUGGGAAUAGCACAAUGGAUCAUCAUUAUCAUGCACUAUCAACAAUAACACCAUCAUCGUACUCUAGCACCUAUAUUUCAUCACCAAAUCCUUAUAUGUCUAAUACAAGCUCGGAAACAAUGAUGAAUGAUAUUGAACAAUCAAGAUUAUAUUAUACUGAUAUAACAUCACGAUCAGAUGAUUCAAUUGAUGAUUAUGAUUAUACAUUAUCUUCGGCUACUGUAUUUUCAUUAAAAGAUCGUUGUCAAGUAUGUUCCGAUCGUAGUUCGGGUAUACAUUUUGGUGUAUCAACAUGUGAAGCGUGUAAAGCGUUUUUUCGUCGUGCAAAUAAUAAUUCAUUACAUAAAUCAUGUGAACCAAAAAAAUGUAUUAUAACACCACAGAAUCGUAAUGAUUGUCCUGGUUGUCGAUAUGAUAAAUGUAAACGUGUCGGCAUGGCACGUGAAAAUGUUGUCUACGGUAAACCAUCAAAACAAAAAUUAGAUGAAUUACAACAACAAACAUUACUACGCUGUACAAAUGAAUCAGAUGUUUAUCCAAAUUUCAAUGAUAGAUUAAAACGAUUAGCAGAUGAUUUAGCAUUAGAAUAUCGUCAAAUAGAUGCAUUAUAUCGCCGAGGUUAUGAACAAGAACAAUUAUCAAUACAUGCUUUAAAUUACGGUACAAAGGCAUACAAAUUAUUUUAUACUCAACGUUCAGAAUUAAAUAUUCGUUUAUUAACCGAUAUAAUACUAAAAUUGUGUGAUCAAUUGUUAAAUUUAUAUAAAAAUGGAAUUAUUACACAACCAUGGUUCAUACAACAACCAAAUUUACGUUCACUAUUAACAUUAUGGUUAUUUAUUUAUUAUUAUGAAACAUUUGUAUUGAAACAAAAAGUAAAUCAAGAUAAAUUAAUGUUAUUAAUUCGUCUUUUAGAUAUGGAAUUAGAGAGACAAACCCCGAUUUUAACAACAUCCAUAAAAACGGUUCGAUGUGAUUUCAUUAACACGUUUACCAAAUUUACCGAAUUAUUACAAGAAAUUUAG